AUGGACAAUGGCUACAAGCUCAAGAAAGUGUACCCGACGACGGUUGAAAACCCCAUGGACGAGCUGAUGAAACUAUACAUUGAGCAAGCACGUACAAGAUUAUGUCGAUAUCCAGAAUCCAAUGCCAGUACGACACUCAAGGUUGCCUAUACAGCCAUGCACGGUGUCAGACACGCGUUCUUAAGCCGUUUGUUUGCUGCUUUUCAACACAAGGAGUACAUUCCAGUGCAGGCCCAGCUUUUACCUGAUCCUGAAUUUCCUACUCUGGCCUUUCCGAACCCAGAGGAAGGCAAAGGAGCACUACAGCUUGCCAUGGAGACUGCCAAGGCUAACGGAGCGAGGCUAAUCCUGACCAAUGACCCGAAUGCUGACCGUCUGGCCGUUGCGGAGCGCGAUCCUAAUUCUGAGUCUGGUUGGCGAAUCUUUACGGGCAAUGAGAUCGGUCUCCUACUGGGCUGCUGGGAGCUCGAGCAGUAUCAGCGACUGCAUCCGGAUUGCGAUCGCAAACAAUUGUACUUUGUUGCAUCGACGAGAUCGUCGAAGAUGCUGCGUGCUGUAGCCCAGGCCGAGGGUUUAAACUUUGAGGAGACUCUUACUGGAUUCAAGUGGAUGGGCAACAAGACCGCCGAGCUGCGUGAUGCUGACAAGGACGGGAUCGUUGCUGCCGCAGUGUUUACAGAGUGGCGGUUCAGCUUGAAGCGACGAAAAAUACGACAGUGGGCGAGCAUCUCGAUGCCCUCUAUGAGCGCUAAUGGCUACUUCCUGACGCAAAACCAUUACGUCAAGUGCAAUGGCCCCGUCACAAUUCGUGCUAUCUUUGAGUGCUUGCGGAAUGGUGGAAGGUACUGGGAAAGCUGCGGUUUUGCUAUUACCCACGUACGUGACCUCACCACGGGUUAUGACAGCUCUCAGCCUGACAAGCGCGCAGUGUUUCCUGUGAGUAGCUCAACUGUGAUGAUCACAUACCCUUUUGCCAACGGAUGCGUUGCUACGUUGCAUACGAGCGGAACGGAGCCAAAGCUGAAACAUUACGUUGAGCUUGCUGCUCGUGUGGGUUGA